AUGGCUAUGACUUCUUUAAUUUUCUUCACCAUUUUCACACUUGCAGCCCUUCUCACUCUUCUCUCUCCUUCUUAUUGCUUAAAUCAAACACAGUCCAUAUAUACUCACAGGGGUUUGGUGGUGGAGGAAAAAACAAGGCUGGGUUCAAUGCCGCCGAGUUGUCACAACAAAUGCAACCAGUGCCACCCAUGCAUGGCGGUGCAAGUGCCUACACUACCGAGUCAAGACCGAGUCCAUCCGGGUCAAAUCACACCAAAGCCAUUAGAGUAUUUAGACCCUUCACCAUCAUCGGCCGGGAACAGGUACGCCAAUUACAAGCCACUUGGAUGGAAGUGCAGAUGUCAUGGCAACUUUUACAACCCUUAA